AUGCCAUCACAACUGGAGGGUGCGAUGGAUACCUUAAUCAGAGUCUUUCACCAUUACUCUGCAAAAGAAGGGGACAAAUACAAACUCAACAAAGGAGAACUCAAACAACUUCUCACCAGUGAACUUACUGAUUUCCUUGCGUGUCAAAAGGAUCCCCAGCUGGUUGAUAAGAUCAUGAAUGAUCUUGAUAGUAACAGAGAUAAUGAAGUGGAUUUUAAUGAAUUUGUGGUUCUGGUUGCUGCUUUGACUGUCGCAUGCAACGAUUUCUUUGAGGAGCAAAUGAAGAAAAAGGGAGAAUAAAAUUGGCUGCAACUACCUUUUGGAUGCGAUGGGAGAGAAUAACUUCGACUGAACUAGAUUUCAUCUCUUAUGUUCCCCCACUUCCCUUGGUACUGAUGUUUGGCUUUCCCUUCUCUUCUAAUAGUACAUGUUUUUCCAAAAACACUGUCAUUUUUUUCUUUUAUAUCAGUUCAUGGAAACAGCCUGUUCAUAAGUGAAAUGCGUUUGGUAAGCCUGCCAAUUACUUUAGCAUUUGUGAAUGCAAAUGGGGAUGUAAAUACAGAUGUUAUAUGUAUUGGAUUUAUUACCAUAUUAGACUUGGUAUUGUUGCAUGCCCCCUUGCCUUGGACAAACAGGACUGAAUCCUAGAGACAGAAGAAAUAAGAGCUCAGAGCCCAGAAUAGCUGUCUGAAAUUGGGGGGCAGCCGGCAGGUAGUGAUUUCUUCUUGAAUUUAAUCACACCAUUUUUUGCUUCAUUUGUGGAGAUGGCUAUACUGGAAUUACAUAGCCUUUCCACAGGUAGAGGAGUUGCACAGCAGUGUUCUAAGAAGGCUAACACAGAACAUUUGCUGUUUGUUAAUACAUCAUAACUCAAGCACAGUACCAGCAAAAGGCAGCCAAACACCAUUUCCCAAGAUGCUGCCAGCAGCCUUCAAAGGUAUAAGGAGAAUACAGCUGCUGAUUAGCUCUUCUCUCUGGUCCAAAUUUAUUUAGUAUAAAUAUUGUUUACUGCAACCUAUUUUCGUUGGUGGGCACUCUUGCUCAAUGGGAGCCA